CACGCCAUUUUAAGUAAUUGUGACAAACCGCAAGAAAGUGUUCUAUCUUGUUUGUGACGGUAGACGGUAAAACGCUGUUAAAUAAUUCUUUAAAUAACGCAAAAACGUGUACAGGUCACAGCUUAACAUACGUGCUACGUCAGAAAAUAGAUUUUGUGUACGUGCAAAGUGAACAUAACGCAUAAAAGUUGUAAAAAAUUUUCUAUCAAGCAGAAAAAAAGAUUCUCAUUGGAUUCUGCUUCCUCUUCGGUCCAGUUAAGCCCCUCACAUCGGACGCCCCUCGGCAAAUUUUCAUUGUAAUUUGCUAAGAUUCGAACGAGUAGGCUAUUUCACAGCUUAGUGCAGCGAGCAAAGUUAUAACGAGUUCGAGUAAGAGAGACAAGGCGACUUUCUCUGAUAGUGGGCUGAAGUUUUUGCAUUACGGCACGCACGCUUGCAUAGACGGCAUACACAUUCGUAGCGUACGUGUGCGGGUGUGUGUGAGUGCGAAAGGUGCAACGAGAGCGGGUGUGAAUUGUGUAGGAGAGCAACGAACUCGCGUACAAGCGUCGAGAGAAAGGAAUUCAUAGAAGACUGAGGAUUUAGAUUUAAAGUAAUAAGAGGAUUUCCAUUUAAUACGCGAUUUAGUGAGCGUCUGGGAUCUCUGGGAUCAGCAAUAGCAAGUUUUAUUAUCUAUCACAUCAAUUAAAACAAAACGUCGAUAUUUUUUCUAAAGCUGCUGCAGUAGUAUAUCGUAAAGAAAACGCAGCAUCUGUCUGCCGGUAUUUUUGCGCCGAUUAGCACCUGUUGUCGUUCUGCGACGUUGUGGAUUAUACAAAAAGCUAAAAAAAACACGGCCAUACAAAAAUAGCUUGGCAAAAGUGUACUGACAACGCGCUACUGUUUCUCAAUAACUUUAAACAAACCUAAUCAAUAGUAUUCUUGAUAUUCCCUUUCAAAGCGCACACCGUUUCCGGUGCCUAAAAAGGCGUUACCGUUCUGAUUAUUUGCACCAAGGAUUUGGCGUUUCAAUAGCUGCAAGUCAUCAAGCGCUGAUAUCAGGGUAGUAAACACAAGCAUUAAAUACAAGUCAGAACACACAAAGACUAAAGUGAGAAAUAAGAAAUUUGGAGAAAAAAAUUGAAAGAACUGGGCAUACUGUCCGCAAUCACGCAAUUUUAAAAAGGCAAAGAAGUUGCUUACACAAAGCUUUUAGCGCUUUGCAACUACCAUUGAAGACCAUCUAUAACUACUGUCAAAUUAAAAAAGCAGAUCAGCGAACACAAGAAAAAAGUGUAACAAAGCAUAGAAAGUUGGAAACGUGACAGUUUUGUGCAACAUAAUACGGCUUGCGCGAUAUUAAUAACCGAAGCCGGGCUGUAAAAAAAGCUACGUACAGAUACAACCUGUCAAAAACGAAUCGUUAGAUCGAGAGUUUAACAUUAGCGCUUUUGCGUACUGAUUGCGUCAAAACAAAAAAAAAAAAACAUCUAAACGAAACUGCGCAGCGAGCUGCUGUACUUGCAAAGUAGUAGUGGUGAAGUGAGUGCGGCGCAAGGGGGAGGUAACGCUAAUGAGGAUCUACUGGCAGCAUGAGUACACUGGGGGGAAGUAGGGGAGAGCGAAAUGCCAAGCCCAAGUUCUCAGCACUCGAUAUAAAUCGAAUGUACAAAAAUAGUCGCGGUGAACCAGCUGAACCAUCUGCACAAAAGAAUCAAGUGCCACGUAAACAUGGAAUGCAAAGUUUGGGCAAAGUGCCGUCCGCAAGGCGACCCCCAGCUAAUUUACCAUCCCUGAAAGCUGAAAUAACAAGUUCGCCAACUACGAAUAACAAUCUAAUAACAUCAAGCGGACAAGAAGUAAAUUCAACAAGCGGCGGUCAAGUAACAACACACACACCUACAGGAGCAGCACCAGGCAAUCAACAACAGCAUCAACAACAACAACAGCAACUGAAGAACAGCAGCAACAAGUCCGCACUUUGUAAUAGUAACAACAAUAAUAACCACAGCAACAAGAAUAGCAUUAAUAACAGCGUCAGCGGUCUAAAGCUUGUUAACAACUCAACAGCUGGUAGCGCUGGCAACAGUGGCGGUCAACAGCUGCGCAACUCUUCGGUAGUGAAUCAAGCCAAUCAACAACAGCAACGAAAUUCGCCAAUAACAUGGUCAGCAGUGACAACUGGCAACGACAUGACCCAUGGUGGUGGCGGCGGGAAAGGCAGCGGUGGUGGUGGGGGCAAAUCUGCUGUACCGCCACUCUACCAGAGUCCACAGUUUCAAUACGAAUUUCCAACGUUAGAUGGCACGGUUGGCGGCGGAGGCGGUGGUGGUGGUGGUGGCAGCGCCAGCGCAUCGAACCGCAACAAACAACACCAGCAACAGGAUCAUUAUCAACAUCAGCAUCAGCACCAACAACAACACCACCAUCAGCAUUCGAACCAACAGCAUCAUCAGCAGCAACAUUCACAACAAAAUCAUCAUCAACACCAUCAUUCACAACACCAUCAUCAACAACAAAAUCAUCAUCCACACCAACGAGACUACAACAACCAGCAACAUGGGGGCGGUCGUCACGGGCACGAUCAGCGCUACGAUGCGCACAAUUACAAAGAUGGCAGCGACGGCGACGGUGGCAGCGAUUACGCGUAUCAGCAACAGCGUCAUCAUCACCAUCACCAGCAGCAACAGCAACGCGAACUAAACGAAGUAAGCCUGCGUCCCCAAACCGAUGCUGCCGCCUGGUUGCAGCAGCAGGAGAAAUCUGCCAAGGGCGUUGUCGAAGGCCAAUCGAACCAACAGGCCCAGGGCCACCAGGCACAGAAUGCCAAUGCUGCGGGAGCAGCAGUGCCGUUGCCGAUCCUGCAGCUAAUGCCGUCGUUCAUGCAGCGCGGCGCACCAAUGCCACCAGCUGGCAGUGGUGGCGGGGGUGGAAGUGGAAGUGGCGGCGUUGGAGUUGCUGGAAGCAACGGUCCACGCUCACAGACACCACCAAAUUAUCAAAAUGGCAUUGGGGGCAAGGAAUCGGUUGGUGGUGGCAGCGGCGGCUCAUUACGCACGCAACGCUCAGCGGGAGGCAAUGGUGGUGGCGCGCAGGAUUAUCGUUCUUGCUCACCAGUUGUUAGUAAUUUCCGUACAACCUCUGCAAUAGCCAAAAGACCACCACAAAUGGCAACGCCCCCGCUGGGUGGCAAUGGCGGCACGCAAACACCCAACGGUGGGAGCGCUGGAGGCAGGAAAGAGAAGGAAUUCAUCAUUGAACCUGAGGUGGUGCAAAUGCAACGACCAAUCAUACGCGAAGAAGAUUUGGAGCGAAUGAAUGCUAUAGCCAACGACGACAGCUGGACAAAACAAGACGACAUUGACUACACAAAAAAGCUGACAUUCUCAGAUGAUGACUCACCUGAGGAGCAUACCCCAACACAGGAGCGUGACCGACCAGUAUUCAACAAGUCAGGCGUCAGCGGUGCGCCACUUGAUCAGCGCAAGAGUUCAAACGCGAGUAGCGUGAACAGUAACUGGCAGCGUGGUGGUAGCAUUAAGGACCAACGUGAAAGUAUCGAGCGUGAGAAAUCCACCGAGCGCGAAGACACUCGUCAGCAGAAUGGACACCGCAGCAGCGCCGCCGGCACCAUCGCACUGGACGCCGCUGUGUAUGAGCGCGUAAAGCAACGUAAAGAAGAGGAGGAACGACGUGAGAAAGAGCGUCGCGAGGCAGCCGCACGCAAGCUACAGGAACUCGAAAUGAAGAUAUACAACAAUAAAAAGGCCGCGAGCGCUGCAGCAGCCGGCAGCGGUGCAGCAAUAACAACGGGAGGCGGCGACGCAUUAGAACAGCCGACACCACCGCCAUCGAUAGGUGGCGGUAGUGAGGAGGAAUUUAACAUGCGUCGCAGCGGCGGCGGUGGCGGCAGAGAUUUCGAGCGCGGCAACAGUCGUGGCGGCUAUGAACCGCGCGACAUGCGUGGUGGUGGCGAUUAUGUACGCGGCGAACGUGCCGGGCCUGGCAGCGGUGUUGGCGCACCAACUAUAGGCGCCGGUGGCAAACCGAUAUUUUCUGCACAAUUCCAGUCGAAUUUGCCACCACGUUUUCAGAAGCAGCAGCAGAUGCAAGCGCAGCUAGGAGGACCACUGACAAGUGGCGGUGGCGCUUUGGGCGGCAAUGGCAAGCCUCCCGGUUCACUCGGCGGUGGUUUGGAAAAGUCUGCCUCUUCGGGUUCCGCCUAUGAGGCUGGUAAUCGAUACAUGCAAAAGGGUGGCGUCGGCGGUCCGUUGCAACGCGGCGGUCGUGGUGAUUUUCGUGACAAUUACACGCGUGGUGGGUACGGGCGCAUGCGUAAUGAUAGUGAGCGUGACGACGAGCCGCGCUAUCAUGGUGGGCGCGGUGGCGGACGCGGAGGCGACGAUUACAUGCGUGGCAACGGCAUGUCCCAGAAUCAACUGUCGCGCAGCAUUUCUGAUACUUCACAGCGCAAAACUAGCGUCUCAUCCAACGACGAGCCCUGCAAAUAUGGCGGCAAUAGCAGCCUUAAUGAUUCUAAGGAGUUUGGUAAUAGCGCGCUUGUAUCAUCUUGGGCUGAAGAGACUGACGCCGAGCUGAAGCGACAACGUGAGGAGAGUUUCUCUUCGUCGCAUAGCCACGAAUCGCUGCCCAUUAAAAUACUGCAACGUCCGCAUACGCAGAAAAGUGUAUCGGAGGAGGAAACCUCCUCCGCGCAGCAGCAACAACACUUGCACUCGCAGCAGCCGCAUCAACAACAACAGCAAUUACAAUCUCAGCAGCAACAACAACAGCCUCAGCAACAACAACCGCAACCACUUCUUCGUCGCAGCGAAAGCGAACAGACAACGCCCUUUGCACCCACUCAAAUUCUGCGCCGCUCCGAGUCGUCGAGCGAUGAAAAGUCAAAGCCACAGCAGCAGCAGCAGCAGCCGACAAAUAUCGCCGAAACUGCCGCACCUAGUAAGAUUGUUGAAGAGAAGAGUGCACCGACUACGAAGCAACAAGCAUCAGAUGCCGAAUCUCAGCAAAAGAAACGUAAAGAAAGCGAAAGCAGCAACACCACUGUUCCCACAGUUCUAGGCGCGCGUAAAGAAUCUGUUUCUACAGAUGACAACAAGCAGCCGUCUGAUGAGAAUCGCCCAGCACCAACGACAGCAGCAGUAAGUCAACCACAGCGCGAGCCGAAGAGGCCAACUCCCCGUGGUGCAAGUGGAGGAGGCGGUGGAGGAGGUGGACGUGAUCGUGGUGGUGAACGCGAUCGAGAUCGUGAUCGUGACAGGGACCGUGACCGAGGCUCACAUUCGCGUGGCUUUGCUGGUGGCCGGGGUAUGCGUGAUUGGAAUAAUCCACGUGGCAUGCGCGGCGGGCGUUACUAUGGCGCUAAUGAACCACGGCUCGCCAGCGAAUCGGAGCAUUCGGAGGAUAUUGAUGAGGAAGCCUUUGGUGGCGGUGGACGUCGUGGUGAUCGUCAAAGUUCCAAAGUACCACGAAAGGAUCAUGGCGGCGGCGGCGGCGGUGGCGGUGGUCAUCGCAGUGGCGGCGAAGAACGCAGCUCAAAAGAAGGUUUCGCACCACGCGGUGAACCAUCGCGUCGUGGUCGCGGCGGCGGCGCGAAUAUUGGUGAUCGUAGCGAUCGCAGUGAUCGAGGUGAGCGCGGUUCUUCAUCAUCAUAUCGACGUAACGACGGUGGCGGCCGCGGCCAGGGUCGCCAUUAUGGCCGACAGCCUUACGAUGAACACCAUAAAGAUCAUAAACGCAGCUCGGACUCUGAGCAGACAGUCGGUGGCAGUGAGGUGGAUAAGACGAAACAAAACCAAUUGGCGCUAACUGCUGGACUCACAAAGGUUAAGGAUGCCAACAAUGCGACGACAGCAACAUCCGCGGAUGAAAAGACUCGCGCACAAUCGGGUGGAAAGCAACAGGCAGCACAACAGAGCGGCGCGAACUCGCAGCAAGCAAAGAAGGUGGCCGAGCCAGAAAAAAAGACCACCGCGUCCGCUUCAGCAAAGUCGUUUAGCAACAGCAGCAGUGGCCUGCAGGGUCGCAAAGAGAGUGCCUCGAGCACUAAAACUGAUGAUGUCUCCGAGCGGGAUCGCAAGUCUGCUUCGAAGGAGAAGGACCUACCCAGCGGCGCGAUGCAACAGCCGCUGCAACAGCGCAGCAGUAGCUCGAGCCAAAUGGCAAGCUCGCAGCGCAGCAACUCUAGUGUCGGUACAAAGAAGCAGGAUUUGCCUAUGGCUUCCUUGCCCACUUCGCAGUCGACAUCCGCCAUUGGCGCAAACAAAACUAAUCAGCAACAACAACAACAACAUACUGUUACAAAACCACCACCAGGCCUAGGUGGCGUUAACAGCGGCGGCAACAACUUCAAACCUACUAAUAGUACAUCGCUGCCGAAUCAAAGUGUCACUGCACAGCAGCAGCAAAAGCAGAGUGUCGAAUUGCAAAAGAGUAAAUCAGAUACAAAUGCCGUUACAUCGAAUGUGGCACGACAGCAGUCGAUCACAACGCAGCGUACUUCCGUCAGCGAAGUGGAUAAGGUAAAAAUGGGCACAGCCAACGAAAAACCGAACGCGGCGGUGAGUGGCGCUGGUACUUUAUUGCUAGAUGGCGCGCCGGUCAACACGAUCAUCUUCGAAAAUACCAACUACAAGCAGCAAGCACAGGCAGCACAGCUAAAACGCUCCUCGGAGUCGUUGUCAUCAGCCGUAAGUAGCGGUGUAAGCGUCUCCGCUGUUGAAACGCUCAGCACGGCACUCUCGCAGAUGUCGUUCGCCAAAGCUAAUGAGUCCUCAGUGCCCGGCGGCAGUGUGGUAGUGUCCGCCGCGGGAGAAUAUGAAAAGGAUAUGAAAUUGGGCUUCACUUUCGGUGAUGCCCCUGAGACGUACACCAAUUCGGCAGCAAACAAGCAGCCAAAUGACGCCGAUACGAAGGUUGUCAGUGCAGCUGCGCAACAAGUUGGCGUCGCAACUGUGGGUCAACAGCAGCAGCAGCAGCAACAGCAACAAGUGCAACAACAACAGCAACAGGCGCAGAAUAUUAUUUCAACAGCCGACUUGAAUAUGAAAAUAGCCAGCGUAAAGAAGGUAUGGGAAAGCGUAGCACCCAUGACGUCUGAGGCGAACACGUCGUCAUUGCAACAUCAGCAGGUGGCACAUCAGCAGCAGCAACAGGCGCAACAGCAGGCCCAGCAGCAACUGCAGCAUCAGCAGCAACAGCAGCAGCAACAACAACAACAGCAGCAGGCCCAGCAGCAAAUGGAAGUAGUGGAUCCCAGUGGCCACAUGUCAGCAGCCGCCUCCUUCGUAGCAGCUGCUGUUGCCGCAUCACAACAUCAACACCAACAACAACACAUGCCACACUAUGCGGUCGCUGCAGUGCCGCUCCACCAACAUCAGCACCACUCGCUCUCUUCGCCCGGUCCCGUACCCAGCGGCUACGGCGGCCAUGGCUCGCCUUUCGACGUCGCCACACCAUUGGAGCAGCAGUUUACGCAGAGCGGCAGUAUAGUGGUGGGCAGCACCGAUGAUUCGACAAAUGCUGUUGGCUAUCCCAGCCCCCAGCAGGCACAGCAACAGCAGGCGCAAUCUGCUGCCGCUGCUCAGCAACAACAGCAAGUGCUGAAGCACCCAGAUGUUGUGAAGCAGCAGCAGCAGGCGUCUGCCGCCGCUAAGCAAUUGCAGCAGCAUCAUGGCUCCUCGAUGGGCAUGUCGCCACCUCCUAACCUACAACAACAGCAGCAGCAGGCACAGCAUCAACAAUCAGCCGCCGCACAACAACAACAACAGUUGCAUGCCGCCCCGCCCUCUUUCUACCAAACAUCACCGCAAUUUACCGGCAUCCCUAGCCCGCCCACGGUCGUAUUCAACUCAUCGCAAAUGGCACCGCCACCACCCUCGCAGGCUGGUCUCUACGCACCAUUCCAUUCACUCGAACAUUCGAGCCGUUCGCAAUUUUCAGCCGCCGCAGCUGCGCACAGUUUCCCCGGUCACUAUAGCGCAGCAGCAGCGGCUGCCGCUGGUGGACCCUUCAACGCAUACACCAUGCAGACGCCACCCAAUAUGGGGGCUGCACCCACACCCGAAAUGUAUUCCAGUCUAACGUCACAGUUUCGUAUGGGCGGUGGUCCAUCGCCCUUUGGCAAUCCUAACUCGCAACAGCUGAACAAUCCGAAUGCACCAGCCGUAACGAUAAUCUCCUCUAAUUCCAACUCAAUGAUGUCAUCUGUAGGUUCCGUUAAGCCACCGCCUUCUUCGCAACAGUUAGGCACGAUCGGUUCUAAGGGCGCAGGUGGUGGUGGUCCCUACGCAGCACAACAGUACAUGAAUCUGUAUCCCGGCCCGCCACCACAACACCAAGGCGGUCCACCCGGUCCGCCAGGCGCACAUCAAUUGCAAUCGAACAGCUACUACUCGAAUUCGGCUAGUGGGCCAAAUGGCCCCGCUUUCUACGGUGGUCCACCACCGCCACAAGGCGCAGGCGCCGGUGCGCAAAAUUUUGGAUUGGCAGCAGCAGCUGCAGCAGCGGCUGGUCUGUAUGGGGGACAUCAGGGCGGACCGCCCGGCUCGAAUGGUCCACCUGGCCCCCAAGGACCACCUGGUCCGCAGUCACAACACACAAUGGGCAACUUUAAUACGCCGUUUAUGAAUUCGCAGCUGUUGACGGCGGCGAGUAUCAAUCAAUUUCGCGCCGGACCAACGCCGCAGCAGCAGGCAGCAGCCGCGGCCGCAUAUAUGAAAUCCGGACAAGGACAAAGUCACCUGCAAGACUCGAUGGGUCGCCAACUAAAAAGUCCACUCGGCGCUGACGUCAGUUUAAGUUUGGCCAAACAGGUGCAAUCACAACCGAGUCCACCACAUCAUAAAAAUUAUGGCGGCUGGGACUUGCAGAACCAAGUAAUGCAACAACAAGCACAACAACAAUCACAAUCUCAGCAGCAACAAGCCAUUCAACAGCGUGCUGGCGGUGGAGGUGGUGUUGGUGGCGGUGGCAAUGUGCCGAAUAUGCCGCCUGGUAGUCGCGGCGGAGGUCCACCCGGGGUGCAGGGUGGUCCUGGCGGGGGCAGUGGCGGCGGCCAAGGUGGGCAAGGACGUUAUCCGACGCCCAUACAGCGGCCCACCAACUAUCCGCAACAUCCACAAGGUGGCCCACAGUCACAACAACAACAACAACAACAGCAGCAGCAACAACAGCAAUCGCAAGCGGGCCAACGGCCCAAUAAUAUGCGGCAAGGACCUGGUGGUGGACCACCCGGCGCUGGCGGCGGUAAUGGGCCACAGGGUGGCGUCGGUGGCCCUGGCGGUCACAAUAAUGGCAAUGUAGGCGGCGGCGGCGGUGGACCCAAUAGCGGUGGCGCCGGCGGUCAAGGUGGAGGAGGCCCUGGUGGUCCAAAUAAUAGUGGCGGCGGUAGCGUUGGACCCAAUGGCGGUGGACAAAUGAAUAAGCCCUAUUAUGCGAACAAUGCAGGUGGCGGUGGAAGUCGAGGUAAUUGAAUAAGGCCAAGCAACAAAACACACAUGCCAACAAGAAACACGACACAGUAAGAACUAAAAAAUUAAAGAAUGAAAUUAAAAUGAGUAUAAGGGAAAACUCACGAAACUCACAGAUGAUGCUGAUGAUGAACUCAACACGAACGAUGUGAAUUUAAGGAGUAUGAACAGAAAAACAUUUAUAUACAUACAAAUAUGGAAGUCUUAUAACGUAUAACUGAUGCAAAUUGUGUGUGGCAAAAUGUGAGUAAAAAUCGCAAAUAAAUGAAAAUAUGAACUGCGAAAGUUACUUGAUUAAUUGCAACUGCAGAUUGCGACAAAUUGAGUAAAGAGAAGAGAAAUGCAAAUAAAUAUUAUAAUUGUUUCAGUAGCAGAAAUUGCGCGCAUGCGCAACAAAAAAUAGUAAAAAAUAUGAAAAUUAUAAAACAAAAAGUUGCACGUAAGCAAUGACACAUUUUUCCUAACAGAAAAAAGUUUGUGGUGGCGAAGGGGGUAAUGUGAAGGUUUGCCGACCGAAAUUUAACUUUUGCCAAUUUAAGCAGCUGAAAUGCAGUAUUAAAAUAACGCAUUUGCAGCAAGUAAAUUCUCAUUUACCACAAAGUGUAGAAUUUCAGCCACCACAAAUGCAAGAAAUUUUUUUAUUGGCAAAUAUGUGCAAUUGUUUCGUGCGCAGAUAAAAAAAAAAAGUUGUAAGGUGGAAAUGUAACACAACAAUUACUUACGUAUCCUUAAUAAUCCCCUAAAAUGGUAAAACAAAAACACUGCUUCAAUGUUUGGUGAAAGAUAGAAACAAAAUAUUACAAAAAAAAACGAAUAAAGUAAAACAUUAUUAUUAAAAGAAAUUAAUUAAUUACAAAAUAUGAAGAGAAGAGCGCAUUUUCAAGUGGCUCGAAUGGCGAUGCACGAAAUAAGCGAAAUAUAUAUGGAAAAGAAAUUUGAGAAAGGAGGCAAAUGAGUGAAUGCAAAUUAGUAAAACGAGCAAUUAUGAGCGCUGAAAAGUAGAACUGAUCAAAAACUGUAAUUGAAUUUGGGAACGGAAGAGAAGUAAAAAAUAAAAAGUGGAUGGCAUGGCAGCAGUUAGCAGCAGCAUUAAUGGCUACUAGCCAAUUUAUAUUAAACUACUUACAUAUAUAGGUGCGUCGAGAGAACGCCGGUAGGCGCUUGUGGUUGUGGAGUUGUAAAAUGCCGCUGAAAGCGAUUUAGCACAGCGUAUAUUGUUUAAUACUGCAUGCUCUUACGUGUAUCGAUUUAAAUAUUUGUUAAAAUAAAUUUAAUUGCUUUUGAUAUGAACUGAAAUUGCUAGUGCGUUUAAAAAUUAAAGAAAUUAAUUUUCAAAAUGUUUGAACUCACCAUGACUAUCGUUUGUCAAGCAAUUACAAUAAAAACAUUGAAGCGCUUUAAAUGUUUAUUGCGCGUGAAAAAUUAUAAAUUAUUAUUUUAAAACAAUUAAAUCCACAAUGUUUAUUGAAAAUUUAUAGUAUUUCGCCAGCAUAUAAUUACAACAGUCUCAGCAUUAUAUUUUUUCUAACAAAUAUUCAUUUCACAACUCUUCGCGGCUACAAAAAAUCUCGCCACACUGCAAAGCAAGUAGAUUAUAUAUAUACUUACUAUAUACAAAAAUAUGUAACAAUUUAUUAUAUAAAAUACGAAUAAGGAACUUUGGCAAAAAAUUAUAUGAAUAAAAAGUUCAAAAUUGCUUUCUAUGCAAUUUUCAUAACUUGUAAAAAUGCUUUGAGUGGCUCAACGCAAAAACAUUCGUUUGCACUGUGGCAAAGGAUAGUGCAUUUAUACCAGUUUUACGUCUACCGUCACAACUGUUUGGACACAUACAUACACACAUUACUUACAAGCAUGAAUGCAUGCAUAUAACUAAAUAAAUAUAUUUACAAAAAAAAAA